GUCAAAAUUUUUAUUGCCAAUCAAAUUAAUUUCAAAAUAUUUUUAUUUGUAUAUUUUUAUAAAAUUGUGAAAUCGCUUUCGUAUGAAUACGCUCAACAAAACGACAGUUGGCAUAGCAGCCGGUGUUGCGGGCACACUUUUUCUCGGCUAUUGCAUCUAUUUCGACCGGAAACGACGCGCCGAUCCCGAAUACAAAAUGAAAGUACACGAGCGUCGACGGCGCCAACGUAAAUAUCAGAAUGCGGUACGAAAUGCAAGUCUGAAUGAUUACGAAGCAUUGCAGCGCUAUUUCGCACAGGAAAUCAAUUUGGGUGAAACACUAAUUGGACGUGGUGAAUUCGAGAAUGGUGUGGUGCACUUCGUUAAUGCUUUGGGUGUGUGCGAACAGCCGACGCGUAUACUGGGCUUCUUUCAAGCCACACUUUCGCCGCAAGUAUUCGCUAUGCUGAUUAUUAAGCUGCAGGAAUUCAGUAAUCGCGCCAAUGCCGAAAUGAAUGGCAUACCCAAAAUAGGUAGCGCCAAUUCCAUUGACAGUGCGGAUAAACCGGUUUGUUAUGUUGACGGUUCGCCGAGUACGAUUUUGAUUGAUGAUCUGGAAUAGUUGUGUCGUCGUAUGUGUAUGUGUGUAUAUUUGGUUCGAUUAUACAAUUAUAACGCUUGUAUAUGUUGUUGUGAG